AUGAUGAAAGAAAAAGAACCCACCUCCCUCAAGGCCAUCUCCCAGGCCACACACCCAUAUCCCACCACCCCCCAUCCGCCAUCUCAAUCAUCCAAGUCUGGGCCAAAAAACUUUCCUCCUAACAUCCUACAGGAAGAUGACCUAGACAACAGCGCAACCCCCGCAAACAGUCUCGCCAAUUCUAUCCACACUCCAAGUAACCCCACGAUAGACCAAAAGAUGAAUGACCUCCCGAACCCCACCGUCAAUCACACUCCCACAUCCAAAGAACAAGCUAUUCUGGUGCAUUUGGCGCUCGCAGACAUGAACAGAUCCGUGCUAAGUCAAAAUGGCACGAACCACAGCACUACCCUCCCCCAAUUCACCCCAGCUUCAAACGGGGACUUCCCAAAAGUGCACAUGUUGCACUCAGCACAAAUCUUCAACCACCUUGAAAAUAAGGUUCUGCUCACCUGGUUCCAGGUCGAGCACCCUAAAUUCAUGAUCCGGGUAUUCGAUCACUCCGGGAAAGACGUUGCUGAGUGA